UGUAUGGUCAACUAGAAAAUAAUGUGCCUUCCUUCUUUUUCGUGCCUUUGUUUCUGUGAUCUUUCUUCACUAUCAGAUUCGGUGGAUUCGACUUGGCGGGUUUGUUUGUUGUGAUUGAAAUCUCUUAAAGUCUUGUGAUCAUGAAUUAUCUUCUUGGAGCAUUCAAGCCCGCCUGCAACAUUUCAAUCACUUUCUCUGAUGGCAAAAAUCGUAAACAGGUACCCAUGAAGAAAGAAAAUGGUCGAACAGCUUUGGUGCCACUUUUCCAGAGUCAAGAAACUCUUUCCGGGAAGGUUUGCAUUGAACCAUAUCAAGGGAAAAAGGUGGAGCAUAAUGGUGUGAAAGUUGAGCUUCUUGGUCAAAUAGAAAUGUACUUUGACAGAGGAAACUUCUAUGACUUCACUUCCUUGGUUCGUGAACUGGAUGUCCCUGGAGAUAUAUACGAGAGAAAGACAUACCCUUUUGAAUUUCCAACAGUCGAGAUGCCAUAUGAGACAUACAAUGGUGUCAAUGUGCGGCUAAGAUAUGUCCUCAAAGUAACCGUCACUCGUGGCUAUGCUGGAAGCAUCUUUGAAUACCAGGAAUUCAUGGUUCGGAACUAUGCUCCACCUCCUCCAAUUAAUAACAGCAUCAAGAUGGAAGUUGGGAUUGAGGAUUGCCUGCACAUCGAGUUUGAGUACAACAAAAGCAAGUAUCACCUAAAAGAUGUUAUCCUCGGGAAAAUAUACUUUCUUCUUGUGAGGAUCAAGAUGAAGAAUAUGGAUCUUGAGAUCAGGAGGAGGGAAUCAACAGGUGCUGGUGCUAAUAUUCAUGUGGAGACAGAGACACUUGCUAAAUUUGAGUUGAUGGAUGGAACCCCAGUUAGAGGCGAGUCGAUACCUGUAAGACUGUUUCUUGCACCAUACGAUCUUACACCAACGCAUCGCAACAUUAACAACAAGUUUAGCGUCAAGUAUUAUCUGAAUCUUGUACUGGUUGAUGAAGAGGAUCGCAGAUACUUCAAGCAGCAAGAAAUCACCUUGUACAGGUUGAAGGAAGACACAUCAUCUUGAUGACAGUAACAACAAUGACUUUUGAGUCUUGUGUAAAGCCUACUUUGUGUACUCAGUUUUAGUUAAAGACUUGUUAUGUGGGUUGGAACUCAGAAUGAAUAGUUUGCUCAUUGAUCAAGUUGUCUGGAUUCUGGUUUGCUUUCAUUGGUAAUGUCUGAAGUUUUACAAACUUUAAACACACAUUACGGAAAGC